AUCACGGAGAACCUGUCUCCCGCGGAAGAGGAUGCGCUUCUCGGUGCACAAAGGGCCAUUGAACUCAACCCUUCGUCUCAUGUUGGAUACGAAAUAAAACAUGCAGCGCUUCGCGGCGCAAAACGCUACGACCAAGCCAUCGAGACCUUCAAAAUCAUGUUGUCCAAAUUGGAAAACGCUCCCGAAGCGCAGAUACGAGAGCUACGUCAGCAGUAUGUCUCUCCAUCCGAAGUAGAAAAUGCUAUUCGAAGAGUUGUCUGGAUUGAACUCGAAAAUGCCCCACUUCGUCUGCUCAACACCUCCACGGGUCUUUUGACCGAUCGGGCGGCACAGCUCAAAACCUUUAAACUGAGCACGGAGUACAAGGAGCUUUUGUCAUUCAUAACGAAACAUGCAGACCUCCGAAUGGAGCACAUCAAAGAAGUGGUGGCGAUGUACUUCCGCUGUGUCCUGCUAUCGCACAGGUGGGAAGAGACAGAGGUGCUACUGCACGACAUCCAGGACAAAGUCGUAUAUGACUUGAAUGGACUUGGCGGCAUCCCGAAAUUGCAGUCGUUCUGCAAAGUCGCUCGUGAUGCAGGGUAUUACUGGGCAUGGAUGGACACAUGCUGCAUCGACAAGAACAAUAAUGCUGAACUCCAAGAAUCAAUAAACUCUAUGUUUGUGUGGUACCGCCACUCAACUCUUACCAUCGUCUACCUAGGCGAUGUUCCUCCCUCAUCCCAGUCUGGCGCGCUGGCGAAGAGCGAGUGGAUCAGACGAGGAUGGACAUUUCAAGAAUUCGUUGCUCCGAAAGUCGUGCUCUUUUAUCGGAAUGACUGGAGCUUAUAUCUCGAUGACCACUCUCCCAACCACAAAGAGUCGGCCGCAAUCAUGGGGGAGUUAGAGGGUGCGACGGGCAUAAAUCGACAGGCCCUCGUCACAUUCCGUCCAGGGAUGAGCUGCAUCCGAGAGAGACUUAGAUGGGCGUCGGCACGUGUCACAACGUUGCAGGAAGACAUCGCAUAUUCGUUGUUCGGCAUCUUUGGUGUCCACCUGCUUGUAAUUUACGGAGAGAAGAAACAAAAUGCGCUCGGGCGGCUCCUGCAGGAGAUUGUGGCUCGGUCAGGUGACAUUACUACCUUGGACUGGGUGGGACAAUCAUCAGAGUUCAACAGCUGCCUUCCAGCCGACAUUUCCUCAUACGCAGCUCCGCCAUUUGCCCUGCCAUCUUUGUCCGAAACCGAGAUCCAGACAACGGUCUCUUCGCUGCGACAUACCGUGACCACAGAGUUGGCUUUGAAAAUUUAUGACCAGCUUGACAACAUGAGCGCUCCUCGCUUCGCGGCCUGCAGACUGCAUCUGCCUUGUAUCACAUUCCGUAUCACGGAAGUCAGGCGGAAUGAUGAACCAGCCCAAGAGACUCAUUCCACGUAUGGAGUCAAGGUAGACGGCCUUCGCGACCUGCUCAUCACCACGAAAGAGCCACUGAUUCAGUUCACGCCGGGAAAGCCCUCUCUACAGACAUUCUUGCUUGUCCGUCCAUGGGAUCGUCGCCUCCUCGAGCUACCUGACUUUGCAGAACUGCCUGACCUUGGAGAUGACUCGGAUACAGAGAGCGAGGAGAAUUAUUGGACCGCACCUGGGUCUCCGUUAAACGAGCCGCCCGGUGGUUCUCAUGUACAGCAAGAUCUGGUUGAUUCAGAACCUUACUUACGAGCGUUGCGGUCAAUCAUUCGCCUUGGACAACCGUUCAGGGCACUUUUGCUAGCGCGGCAGCACAGCGGAGAAUACAAGAGGAUUGCGUCGGAUCAUGAUACCAUUGCACAAGCCAAAGACGUAGCUUUCGUUCACAAGAUGAUGGACUUCAGGACCCUAGAAAUAUUGUAGCCGUAUGUAUUUUUUUGAAGACCGGGGAUCUCUGAGGAGUUUUUGUUUGUACCCUGACCCUGAUGAUAUGCACGCAGAAAGACACCCUAUAAUUUCCUUUGAAGCAGACAUUGGAACUCAAUUAUUCAUUACGCACAAGUACUUUUUUGCCAUACACUAUUCGUUCCCAUUCAACUUUCCCCACACCUAUCUACUUGGUUGCACUCUAGCACAGGAACGCGCAACUCCUCGUAACCCCAAUUUUGUUGUUGACCCUUGACAUCAUGCUGGCAUUCCAUUCUACUUAACCG